UUUUUCACAACGAGUUUGCCGCCAGAACACAGGUGUUGUGAAAACCACCCGUACAAUCCAAAAUGGGGAAGGAAAAGACUCAUAUCAACAUUGUCGUCAUUGGACACGUAGAUUCGGGCAAGUCCACCACUACUGGACAUCUGAUCUACAAAUGUGGUGGCAUUGACAAGAGAACCAUUGAAAAAUUUGAGAAGGAGGCAGCUGAGAUGGGAAAGGGCUCCUUCAAGUAUGCCUGGGUCUUGGAUAAACUGAAGGCUGAGCGUGAGCGUGGUAUCACCAUCGAUAUCUCCCUGUGCAAAUUUGAGACCAGCAAAUACUAUGUGACUAUCAUUGAUGCCCCAGGACACAGAGACUUUAUCAAAAACAUGAUUACAGGCACAUCUCAGGCUGACUGUGCUGUCCUGAUUGUUGCCGCUGGUGUUGGUGAAUUUGAAGCUGGUAUCUCAAAGAAUGGGCAGACCCGUGAGCACGCCCUUCUGGCUUACACACUGGGUGUAAAGCAACUAAUUGUUGAUGUUAACAAGAUGGAUUCCACUGAGCCACCCUACAGCCAGAAGAGAUACGAGGAAAUCGUUAAAGAAGUCAGCACUUACAUUAAGAAAAUUGGCUACAACCCUGACACAGUAGCAUUUGUGCCAAUUUCUGGUUGGAAUGGUGACAACAUGUUGGAGCCAAGUGCAAACAUGCCUUGGUUCAAGGGAUGGAAAGUCACCCGGAAGGAUGGCAAUGCCAGUGGAACCACACUGCUUGAAGCUCUGGAUUGCAUUCUGCCACCAACUCGUCCAACUGACAAGCCCUUGCGUCUGCCUCUGGGUGAUAGCAAAAAUGACCCACCGAUGGAAGCAGCUGGCUUCACUGCUCAGGUGAUUAUCCUGAACCAUCCAGGCCAAAUUAGUGCUGGCUAUGCUCCUGUACUGGAUUGUCACACAGCUCACAUUGCCUGCAAGUUUGCUGAGCUGAAGGAAAAGAUUGACCGCCGCUCUGGUGAAAAGCUGGAAGAUGGCCCCAGAGUCCUGAAAUCUGGUGAUGCUGCCAUCGUCGAUAUGGUUCCUGGCAAACCCAUGUGUGUUGAGAGCUUCUCAGAUUAUCCUCCUCUGGCGUUUGCUGUUCAUGACAUGAGACAGACGGUUGCUGUUGGUGUCAUCAAAGCAGUGGACAAGAAGGCUGCUGGAGCUGGCAAGGUCACCAAGUCUGCCCAGAAAGCUCAGAAGGCUAAAUGAAUAUUAUCUCUAAUACCUGCCACCCCAGUCUUAAUCAGUGGUGGAAGAAUGGUCUCAGAACUGUUUGUUUCAAUUGGCCGUUUAAGUUUAAUAGUAAAAGACUGGUUAAUGAUAACAAUGCAUAGUAAAACCUUCAGAAGGAAAGGAAAAUGUUUUGUGGACCAUUUGUUUCUUUCUGUGUGGCAAUUUUAAGUUAUUAGUUUUUAAAAUCAGUACUUUUUAAUGGAAACAACAUGACCAAAAAUCUGUCACAGAAUUUUGAGACCCAUUAAAACAAAGUUUAAUGAGAAAAAAAAA